ACUGGUCCAGACCUUCAGAACCCCGAACCUGCACGGACCUGCGGAACCAGAACGAGACAUGGCCAGCUGUUCAGGAUGUGGACCCGGGUACCGGACCCCGCUGGACGCGAUGAAAGGUCCGAGGGAGCAGAUCGUCUACCUGCCCUGCAUUUACCGCAGCACCGGGAUCCAGCAGCCCGACUACCUGGCCACGGUGGACGUGGACCCCAAAUCCCCCAAGUUCUGCCAGGUGAUCCACCGGCUCCCGAUGCCGAACCUGCGUGACGAGCUUCACCACUCGGGCUGGAACGCUUGUAGCAGCUGCUACGGGGACCGGACCAGAACCCGGGACCGGCUGAUCCUGCCGUCCCUCAUCUCCUCCAGGAUCUACGUCAUCGACACGGGGACGGAUCCCAGGGAGCCCCGGAUCCACAAGAUGGUGGAGCCCGUGGACCUGUUCUGGAAGGCCGGCCUGGCUAACCCUCACACCAGCCACUGCCUGGGGAACGGCCAGAUCAUGAUCAGCUGCAUGGGCGACCCGGAGGGGAACGGGAGAGGCGGGUUCGUCCUGCUGGACGGCGAGACGUUCGAGGUCGUCGGGAACUGGGAACAUCCGGGGGAAGCGGCUCCGUUCGGCUACGACUUCUGGUACCAACCGCGGCACAACGUGAUGAUCAGCACCGAGUGGGGGGCGCCGAAGGCCCUGGUGGACGGGUUUGACCCCAAACACGUUAAAGAAGGUCUGUACGGGACGUCCCUGCACAUCUGGGACUGGACGUCCCACCGGAAGCUGCAGACGCUGCACCUGGGGGACGACGGUGCGAUUCCCCUGGAGGUUCGGUUCUUGCACGACCCGGACGCCACCGAGGGCUACGUGGGCUGCGCCCUGAAGGGCUGCGUGUUCCGGUUCUACAAGACCCCGAAAGGAGACUGGGCAGCAGAGAAAGUCAUCACGGUUCCCAGUAAGAAGGUCCAGGGAUGGAAACUACCGGAGAUGCCCAGUCUCAUCACAGACAUCCUGAUCUCGUUGGACGACCGGUUCCUUUAUUUCAGUAACUGGCUGCACGGAGACAUCAGGCAGUAUGACAUCACAGACCGCAGGAACCCCCGGCUGGCGGGACAGGUUUUCCUGGGGGGAAGUCUCGUCAACGAUGGACCCGUGAAGGUUCUGGAGGAUCCGGAGAACGAGGACCAGCCGGGACCCAGAAUCAUCCAGGGACGGCGUGUCUCCGGAGGUCCUCAGAUGCUGCAGCUCAGUCUGGACGGACGGAGACUCUACGUGACGACGUCUCUGUUCAGUGGCUGGGACAAAGCCUUCUACCCGGAGAUGCUCAGUGACGGCUCGGUGAUGAUGCAGAUCGACGUGGACUCGGCUAACGGGGGUCUGUCCCUGAACCAGGACUUCCUGGUCGACUUCGGGAAAGAGCCGCACGGGCCGGCGUUAGCCCACGAGCUACGCUACCCGGGGGGGGACUGCACCUCCGACAUCUGGAUCUGAGGACCGGGACCUGGACCUGGGUCUGGGUCUGGACCUGCAGGACCGGAACCUGGACCUGCAGGACCUGGACCUGGACCUGGGUCUGGACCUGCAGGACCGGAACCUGGACCUGCAGGACCUGGACCUGGACCUGGGUCUGGACCUGCAGGACCGGGACCAGGACCUGGGUCUGGACCUGCAGGACCUGGACCUGGACCUGGACCAGAAUCCAUCCAUCCAUCCGUCCCUGCAUACAUAAUUAGGGGCGUGGCUUCAUGACUGACAGCUGUCAUCACAACAUUUCCAUGAACUUUAACCUCCAACUAAGAACCUGACCAAGUAAAAUUAAUCUUUUUGUAGAGAAUGUCUGUGUUGCUAACGGCUAACUGCUAACUGCUCACGGCUAACGGCUACCUGCUAACGGCUAACUGCUAACGGCUAACUGCUAACGGGUCAUUUUUAAUCAUUCUUAAAAUCAUUAAACAUUCCAAACUUCACUCCUCGUUUCUCUGGUUCUUGUGAUUUAGACGGAUAAUAACUGUCUCUGAUAACUUUAAUCAUUUAUUAUUUACUAUUAAGAAAAUGUUCAAAUCUGUUCUGAAGUUGAUUCAGAAAAAGGUUGAAUUAAACUGACUUUUGUAAAAUUCCUGUCUUUGAAGAAAGUAAUAAAAUUAUCUUAGAAAUCUGCUCUCGUUAUUCUGACAGUUGGCAAAAAGAAAUAACGUGGUAAUAAUGAUGAAUAAAAGCUGCAGCAGGAGAGGUUAAUUACCCAUCAUGCACCUGGGCCCCCGACCCGGAGCAACAGGAUCUGGACCUAUAAAUAUAAAUCUAUAUAUCGACAUAUCUACAUAUAACUAUAAAUCAAUAUAUAUUAACAGAGAUAUAGAUACAUAAAUAAUGUACGUAUAAUAUAACUCACAACAUAUCUAAUCAAUAAUAUACAUCUAUAUAUCUACAUAUAUUAAUAAAGGUUCAUAUCUACAUGUUUAUUCACAUCUGAGAUUAAAUUAAACGUAUUUCUGAUUGAUUUGUUUGGAAUUUUAACCUCAUUAAAGUCACAGCCACCAAACCUAAAGUUGUGGAAAACAAGGGUUUUGUCAAUAAAGAAUU